AUGCUAGAGGAACAAUCAGAAUUAGAACGGAUCAAAGCAGAAAAACGCAAACCGGAGCGGAUUAAAGCAGAACGACGCGAGUCGGAGCGGAUAAAGACAAGACCACCCGAAUUGAAACGGAUCAAAGCGAAACCGUGCGAGCUGUCGCAAAUCAAAACAAAAGAAGAACGCAAGUCGGAGCGGAUCAACCCGAAAUCGUCCAAAUCGAAGCGGACCAAAGCGGGAUUGCGCGAAUUAGAGCUGAUCAAAGUGGAGUCGCACGAGUUCGAGCUGCUAGAAACGGGACGAACUACAUCGGAGCUGGUCAAAGCAGAACGACGCGAUUCGGAGCGGAUCGAGUCGAGAUCGUCCAAAUCGAAGCGGACCAAAGCGGAAUCGCGCGAGUUGGAGCUGACCAAAGCGGAAUCGCGCGAGUUGGAGCUGACCAAAGCGGAAUCGCGCGAGUUGGAGCUGACCAAAGCGGAAUCGCGCGAGUUGGAGCUGACCAAAGCGGAAUCGCGCGAGUUGGAGCUGACCAAAGCGGAAUCGCGCGAGUUGGAGCUGACCAAAGCGGAAUCGCGCGAGUUGGAGCUGACCAAAGCGGAAUCGCACCAGUUGGAGCUGUUCGAAACGGAACGAAGCAAAUCGGAGUAG